GUAAGAUCGUGAGAUAUUGCUUGCAUUCCUCCACCCUACCGCUCUGGUUUGACAUUUAAAAAUUCCUCAAAAGAAGGGGGGAAAAGCCCCCAUUUUGGGACAUUUUUUCUGUGUUUGUAUUAUUAACGAAGACUCAGCUCUAAAUUCAAGCUACAAAUUUUCUUACGUGCUUCUCAUUUUCUCCCCUUUUGACAUUUCAUUUUCUCUCUCCUCUUUUUCCUCAAAAGCUUGCACAUUUUUCUUGCGAUCAUCUUAUGAAGAAACAUAUUGGGGAAACUAUACACAAAGGUAUUCAGAAUAAGAGAAAAUAAAUGGCAAUUGGUUCUCUGAGACAUCAACAGCCAAAGGGAAUAUUCAAGAUGACAUAUUUCCGAGUUGUUUAUAGAUCGGUAUUAAAUCAUCCAUUUCUUAUGGUUAUGCUACUAUUUUUGGUAUGCUUGCACCGAUAUUUCCCUUUCUUGUUUUCUCUUCUGGUAUCUGCUUCCCCUGUCAUUAUUUGCACUGCGAUUUUGCUUGGAACUUUAUUGAUCUAUGGCGAACCAAAUGACAACAAUAACAAAAAUCACGAAGAAAUGAGUAACACACAUGUGACUCUAAGAAAUGGAGUUGAUGAUCAUGCAUAUUCUGUUGAUAAGGAAGAAAUCUUCUCUAAAGAUAGAUUUUCUGAAGUUAGAAAAGACAUUGUAGAGAAGGGAAUGAGAGGUUCAGGGAUGUUGAGUUCUGGAAUUAGUGUUAAUGAAGAGUUGACUAAUGAAAUUGGCUGGGAUUAUUGCAAUGGAAAGCGUAGUAAAGGAAGCCUAAAUUACAAGGAAAAGAGCAAGAGUAGUUUUGGUUUUGCUAACUUUGAAAUGGCAGAUGUUCAAAUGCACAGGGAUCGAGAGUUUGAUGAUAACUCUAUAAAGUUACACCGUGAUAUUGGUAAACAGGACAGAAAUGCUGAUUAUACUGUUAAUCACGUGUUUUCAGAUACUGAGUCUGAUGAGAAGGAGAAGUCCGCUUUUGAUGCUUUGGUUGCAGAUAUUAUUCCAACAAUUCAGGAGACUCAUCCACUUCUAGACUCCGAGGAUCCAUCACAUCCUGAUACAUCUAAUGCCUCCCUUAAGUUCGAGUUGCAAUCCCUUGAUUCAAAUCACAGUAGUGCGGAUUCAAGUGAUGAUGAAAAUGGUGAUGAAACUGAUAACAUUAAUGAAAAUGAAACUCUUAAAGCUGAAAUGGAGAAGAGUCAACAAUUGGAAAGCCUGUUUACUAGAACAAUUGAUGAAGUUGAUGAGGAGGAAGAAAUGGUAGAUGAUGAAAAUAGUUCUGAAGAUGUUGAAGCUGAUGAUGAUGAUGAUGAAGAUGAUGAUGAUGAAGAGGAAAACUCAAAUGUGGAAAAGGGUGUAAGUAAACAAGUGACUAUAUGGACAGAAGAAGAUGAGAAAAAUUUACGGCUUGUGGGAAAUUCCGAGUUGGAAAGAGAUUUACGGUUGGAGAAUCUUUUAGCAAGGAGAAGGGUGAAAAGGAAUUUCUCAAUGAUUUCAGAGAGAAAUUUGAUAGAUUUAGACCGACCUGAUAUUCCUUUUCAAAUUCCACCUAUUUCUACCACAAGAGUUAACCCUUUUGAUACCCCUUCUGUGAAUAAUACAUAUCAGCAUCAGUUUAAUCUUCCACCUAUUCCUGGUUCUGCUCCAUCUGUACGUGUGCCUAGGAGAAAUCCUUUUGAAUCUCCUUGCACUUCUCCAAAAGCGGUUCAGAAUCUCACAGAAGAACUUCGUAAAGAAGAAACUAUGGAAAUGAACUUGAACAAUGCAGUUUUUCAAGAAACUAGAAGUUUAAGAACAGGAUAUAAUCACACAGGGAACAGUUUGAAACCGAACUUGAACAAUGCAGGAUUUCACGAAACUGGAAGUUCAAGCACGGGAUAUAAUCACGUUUUGAAACCGGACUUUGUGGAAAUAAACCGUAAGGAUGCUGUGUUUCGCCGGUAUGAAAGUUUUAGCACUGGAUAUAAUCACACAGGAGAAGCUUCUAGAAAGGAUUUCAUGGAAAUAGACAGAAGAGAUGCAGUACUACGUAGGCACGAAACUUUUAACACAAGAUCAGCUUUUAGAAAUGUUUUUACUCCAUCACAAGAGAAGUUUGUUCAUUUCAAAGUGAGACCUGUGUUUGUUGUUCCAGAACAGGUGGUUGGUGGUGAUCAAGAAGUGAGACAUGAUUCUGAAUCAAGCCAUGAAAGUGAGUCCAAUACGAGUUCCUCUGAUUCUGAUCAUAAUGAACCUAAACAGGACUUGGUUGCUGAUGAAAGUGAUCAUGUUUCUAACCAUUCUGAAGAAACGAGCAGUGAAUCUUCUGACAUGGUAGAUUCUUUACAUGAUGAUCAAGAAGAAGAGUUGGUUGACAGUUUAGAAGCAAAUGCAGAAGUAAAUGCUGAUCAUAUCUUUCACAAAGAAGAAGCAGUUCAUGAGAACGUAGAUGAUGAUGCAACGAGUAGUACAAGUACUUCAAUGGCAUCAGAAAAGGAUCACAGUUCAGAAAGAAUGGGCCAAGAUGAAGAAGAUGAAGCAGUCAACAAAUCCGUGUUCUCACCUAAAGCUUCUUCAACCAUGUCAGAUCUCAACCCCGGUAGUAUGGAGGAAGAACACGGGAUUAUAGAGCCGCCAGUCUAUGAUUCGAGUCCUUCUAGCGCUGGUAAAGUUACGCCGUUUUCUUUCUCUGAUGGUCAAGUGUAAUGAAGAAGUUUGUUGGUUUUCAAAAAAUGUAAUUAAGAGGAUGAUUUAAACAUUGUUGUUCUGUAGAUAGAGAUCAUGCUACUACAUACAUGAAAAUUUUGCUACCUUCGCAACGAAUAGACAGAUAGUAGUCUUUAGAGAUAGUAGAGUAGAUUCAUCAUUGUUCUUUUGUAAAAGAAAAAGUUCUUUCUCAUGUUCUUCAGAA